AAUUAGCACUCGCCAAAUGAGAUAUUUUGGCCCUAGAAAGGGUUUUACUUCUCCCUAAGAGAAGCCUCCAUUCAGCCUGUUUUCUGUACCUCUUUUUUAUGAAUUUUUUUUACGAAAUUUGUCCGUAAUUCUUAACGCAUAUCGUUGUUGGGUUCCAUUCUUUGUUCUUUUCAAGGAUAACCAGCGCCGAACAUUGAGUUAUGGCGUUGCGAAAAAGGGGGAGGGCCAUCUAUUGUUUGGAUUCGAGCCUAAUUGUAAUGUGAACUGACCCCUCGGCACUCCCGGGUUCCAUGUUUUUCUUUAUUCCUUUGCUCAUUUCCAUAAUCACGAUAUUUGUCAUGUAGUGCAAGGAUAUCAGUUGCCAAGUUAGCAGAUAUUUCAUUCAUUAAUUAUCAUGCUGCGAGUGCAAAUCCCUACUGGAUGCAAGCCAGUGACGAGUGAUCUGGAGGAUCAUGAAUUGGAGAAGAGGCUAAAGGUUCUCGCCAAUAAGCUUACAGACUGGCGGACAUCAGACCCAAAGAACUAUAAAAUUUACGAAACUCUUGCACAUCACCUUGCCAACGAACGCUUAUUUCUCACCAACUCCAACAAGACAAUUCAACUUUACACCGCUAUCUGUCACUCUAACAUUUUUCGGGCAUUCUGUCCCAUGACCCCAUUUCCAAACACCCCUGGCACCCUAGUUACAAUCCUCCAUUUUCUCAUAGACCACUUAAAGCCCCUGAAUGACUCUUCAUCCCCUUUGUACCAGCGGUCUGAAUUAAUCCUCACGAAUCUAACUCGAUCCAACGCGUUUGCUCUUUGUUCACAUGUUAGUGACACCGCAUCCGCUCACAAAAUCCUCCAACGGCUCGUUGCAGUUCUCUUCGAUAUAAUCGAGAAAAACUCCGAGCAAAAUAUCCAUCGACUUAUCUCCUUUCUGCUCAUAAAGCUACUCAAUUCUCCAAAAGAAAUUCGCGGUGGCAUUCUUCCCUUCAUCUUCCUGAACCUAACAUUCAGCAGUAAUAAGACAGUCCAGAACUUCUCGAAGAAGAUAUUGGUCAACUCCAAGAAAGUUCUACAGCCCAUCCUUGCCGAGGACCUUUUGACACUCCUCGUAAAUUUUGCAAGUGACGAUGUCCUCGAGAAUGCCCAUUCAAUCCUCUCGGCCAUUUAUCCGAUCUACCCCGACAUCCAAAGCCAUGUUCUUCAUCAACUCGUGGAUCUCCUCAAGUCUUCAGACAUCAGGAUUAAAUCCAAUGCUAUCGUCAUCCUCUUUGGACUAUUGGAGAAAGAACCAUCUGAUCAGUACUGGAAACUCUACAUGAUGAAUUUCCUGGACAAAAACGAGAAGAUCAGGAUAAUGUGUCUGGAAAAAGCGAGGAUUUUCCUCCUAGAUUAUUCAACACGCGAGGCCAUCACCCAAGUCCUGACUCUGAUGCAACGAGAUCACUCAGCACAAGUGAGAUCAGAAGUGAUUACAACGAUAGUCUCUGCUGCAGAGGAGGAACCCGAUCUAUUUAUGGACACAGACCUGUUGAGCAUAAUCAAAGAGCGAAGUCUGGACAAGGAGUAUCUGGUACGUAAGCACACCCUGAAGCAGCUUGCAUCAGUCAUUUAUUCGGACAGGUACAGCGACGUGAGGAAAUCUCAAAUCCCUGACAUUCCCAAAUCGGCAGUGUCGUUGAUAAUGAACGAGGUCAUGUGUGGUUACUACGUCGAGGACGAGAGGGACCGAAUGUACGUUGAGAAAAUUCUGAACACAUGGUUCAUCUGUUGUCAUGCUGACGUGCAGGACAGAAUGAUGACGCUCUACUACGUUUUUGAUCAGCUGAAUGACAACGCUUGCAGGGCCUUCACACAGCUUCAUAUACAUCGAUCGACAAUUCGAAAGUGUUUAACAGACCUCGUUGAGACGAGACGAGAGUUGAGAGGUGAAACUGACGAGCUGAGAGUUCAAGAACUCGAGAUAUUGUCUCAGAAGCAGUUGACGCUGUUCUCCAAGUUCCUUCCAGGAUCAGUGGACAAUCCAGACGAAACGAAAGUGAAUCUUCAAAAGUUCUUCGAGGCCACUGACGAGGAUUCUACCCUGGCUGAGGAUGUCGAGGGGGUCCUUCAACCAGACGUGACUUGCACACAAUCGGAGGACUUCACUAACAAUAUUCUCAGUAAGAUUGGAAAUUUAGACACGACAAAUCCUUAUUACAAUACCAUCAGGGCCUCUCUCGAGCGCUCGUGCUCGAUGGUCAUUGACGCGACAGCCAUUCGCGUCCUGAUUGAGUACCUGAUUGCUGUUUUGGAAAGAAAUGAUGAGAUCAUUGACAGCAUUGGAUUGAACCCGAAUACCGCGGCGACGAAAGGGUUCAACCUUUUGGAGAUUCUCUCCUUUUCUUCUGCAGCUUAUUUCAUUCAUCCUGAGAUAUAUGGCACCCUGGUCAGCUUUCUUGAGAUGGAUGACCCAUCGAUUGUGGUCAAUGUCCUUCAUAUCUUGACCAACGUGGGGAAAGUCACGAAUUUGGAUGAUUUCGCAGCCACUAGCAGUGUUCUGCAGUACUGCAAGAGCUUCAUCAUUUCUGGGUCUAGGGGGGCAGCCAAGGCCGCUGUGAAACUUGUGUGCGAUCGAUUGAUUUUGAAACAUGAUAUUCUCGAGGACUUUCUGGAGAGGAUUAAGGUCUGUUUGAUGGAUCCAUCUCAGGAGAUGAGGACUGCCAUUGCCAGUUUGGGGUACAUUGCCUGGUUCGGCGAGGGAGCUGAUGAGAUGGUUUAUGAACUGAUGAAGAUGAUUUAUAGAAAUAUCUUGAGGUUUGAUCCAGACGAGGUUGGACCCGUUGAGGGACCUGUGAGGAAACCUUGGACCGCGAAGGAGACUUUACCUCGAAGAACGAUCGACCGAUUGGAAGCUAUGAAAUGCAUCACGAGGUGGGUGAUAGCCCGGCCCGUUCAGGAAUCCUACGUCGUGGAGAUUAUUCGCCUGCUGGUGGCUUUCAUCUCAAAGGGUGGGGAUGUUGAUAGAGUUGGCAGCCUUAGGCCUGCCGAGAAGUCGUGGUUGAGGCUUCAAGCUGGUGCUUGUUUGCUCAAGAUGUGCAGAUCCGGGAAGAUUGGGGACCGACUGGAACCGAAACAAUUUUAUCACCUUUCUAAGCUCAUGCUGGAUGAUGUUUUUGAAGUUAGAGAAUGCUUCCAAUCGAAGCUCAUGAGGGGACUGAAUCGAUAUUGUCCGAGGGAUUGUCUCCCGAUUGAUUUCAUGGGGUUCUUUGCACUUGGAGGCCUCGAGAAAGACGACAACUUGAGGGAGGGCUUGAGGAGGGGGAUGAUUAUGCUCGUUCGGAAGAGAAAUAGGAACUUGGGGAAACUGAUGAGAUUGGGGGAGGCAGAGAGGGAAGUGGUGGAGAAUCUCAAGCCCGAGUGCGUGGUGGUCUAUGCUCUGGUCAUUCUUGCACAUUGGAAUGGAAAGGACACCAACUGCGAGGAGAAAGAGUUGGGGGACCUCAAGAAGGGGAUGGAGUUUAUUAUGCAGUAUUGGCUUGAGGGAGGUGGCGAGGAAAAGGAGGCAACUUUUAGAUUCUUGAACUGGUUCAUGCAGCGACUGCGAGUCUGCAGGGACGCGCUGACCCCUGACAAUGAUCUAAUUAAUUCCAAGAUUCGAACCAUUUGCGAUGUCGCAAUGUGCUGUGUUGAAACGUAUGCCAGCAAGGAGGGUUGGAACCUAGGAGAAGGGGAAGGUUCGGUAUUUCAGCCACAGAUCCCCAGGAGAUACCUGCUCUUCGAAGAGGGCCUGCUCCAAAAAUCUGGAGAAUCACUCGAGAGGGAAAUUCUGAUAGAGAGACUGAAGGAUAUUGAGAAAAAAGAGAAGGUCAGGGAGGCAAGGAUGAAGCAAAACAAAAGAAAAGCUAUUAUUAAAACUGAUUUGCAAGUGUGCUUCCACGCCAUUUUUGGAGGAGGCAAGAGAACAAAGAGAAAGAAAACAUCGAUGCUGGAAUCAUCGGUAAAAAAAAGAAGACUACAGUAAUUAGGAAACAAUCUUUAUUUUUUCUUUGAAAAUAACAGAAUAAUUCUAGAUGUCCAUUGCAAUCUGUCAAGAUCAUUUGGAAAUUAUAAAAUUAUAAUAAAUAAAACAAAUAAAAGUA